GUUGGGGGGUCGCGGGGACCGGCUGCCCCUGGUGCUGCUCCACGGACUCUUCGGUAGCCACGGCAACUUACAGACGGUGGCCAAGGCGCUGGUGCGCCGCGGCAGCGGCAAGGCAGGUGCUGACGCCGGACGCCCGGAAUCACGGCGACAGCCCCCACAGCCCGCUGAUGAACUACGAAGCGAUGAGCCUGGAUGUGCAGCACCUCCUGACCCGCCUGGGCAUCAGCAAGUGCAUCGUCCUGGGACACAGCAUGGGGGGCAAGACGGCCAUGACGCUGGCCUUGCAGCGGCCAGACCUGGUGGAGCGCCUCAUCUCCGUAGACAUUAGUCCUGUCUCAACCGCAUCUCUCUCCGAAUUCUCUGCUUACAUCUCUGCCAUGAAGUUGGUGAAGAUCCCAGAUGGCCUGUCCCGCUCUGCAGCCCGCCAGCUGGCUGAUGAUCAGCUGCGUCCGGUGGUCCUGCUCCCACAGCUGAGACAGUUCUUCCUCACCAACCUGGUGGAGGUGGAGGGCCGCUACCUCUGGCGGAUGAACCUGGAGGCUAUUUCCCACCACCUGGCAGAUAUCAUGGACUUCCCUGUCUUCCACAAGCCAUAUCCUGGCCCUGCACUCUUCUUGGGAGGAUCCAAGUCGCCCUAUAUCAGCUCCAAAGACUACCCGGAGAUCCACCGCCUCUUCCCCAAGGCAGAUGUUCAGUACAUCGAAGGUGCAGGCCACAUAGUCCAUCAGGAUAAAUUUGAAGAAUUCAUCACUGCUGUCCACAAUUUCCUGCCACCACCAUAGCCUGGGGAUCAGGGUUUCUGCCAGCACCACGUGGGACCUGAGGAGCUCCAGACAGUGACAUGGGGCUCUGUGAGAAGGGGCUCAGCCUGGACUGGCUGCCCACUUUGCAGUCUGAUCCUGGCUGCAAGGCCUUCUCCCGCCCAGCUCACCUGGAGCAGAGCGGAGAGGCUCCUCCAUCCUGCAGAGCUCUCCUGCCACCUCUCAGGAUCGCAGGGUGGCACCAGCCGAGGGUACUGUCCUGCCUGCGCUGGAGUGUCUCGGGUGCUGGGAGGGGGCAGGAGAGCCCUCUCAUUUUCCUGCUGCCAGGCCACCUGGUUGUGGGUCUGGCCCUGACUUUGCAGAACGCGCAAUAAAGCUGAAUCUAUGCCAAGGCA